ACUCCUCCUUCUCUUCGACCGCCGCCAUCGCCAUGUUGAGCGCCCGCCGCGCCGUCUCCCGCCUCCACCUGCUGCUGCUGCCGGGCCCCACGGCCCCCGGCCUCUCCCAGGCAUUCUGGAACAGUCUCAGUCAGAAUGUCCUCAGAACAGUAUCACAUAGACAAUAUGCCUCAGAAGCAAUCAAGGGUGCUGUUAUUGGCAUUGAUUUGGGCACAACUAACUCUUGUGUGGCAGUUAUGGAAGGAAAACAAGCAAAGGUGCUAGAAAAUGCUGAAGGUGCCAGAACAACCCCUUCUGUUAUAGCAUUUACAACUGAUGGUGAGCGAUUGGUUGGGAUGCCAGCUAAACGGCAGGCAGUCACUAACCCACACAAUACGUUCUAUGCUACCAAGCGUCUCAUUGGGAGGCGCUAUGAUGAUCCUGAAGUAAAAAAAGAUAUUAAAAAUGUUCCUUUUAAAAUUGUCCGUGCGUCCAAUGGUGAUGCCUGGGUAGAGGCUCAUGGAAAACUGUAUUCUCCAAGCCAGAUUGGUGCCUUUGUGUUAGUGAAGAUGAAGGAAACUGCAGAAAACUACCUGGGACACUCGGCAAGAAAUGCUGUUAUCACAGUCCCUGCUUAUUUCAAUGAUUCUCAGAGGCAGGCUACCAAGGAUGCCGGACAAAUUGCUGGAUUGAAUGUUCUGAGAGUGAUUAAUGAGCCAACUGCUGCUGCCUUGGCUUAUGGUUUAGAUAAGUCUGAAGACAAAGUUAUUGCAGUUUAUGACUUGGGUGGUGGCACAUUUGAUAUUUCUAUCUUGGAAAUUCAGAAGGGAGUCUUUGAGGUGAAGUCAACCAAUGGUGACACUUUCUUGGGGGGUGAAGAUUUUGACCAGGCUUUGCUGCAGUAUAUUGUUAAAGAGUUCAGGAGAGAGACUGGCGUUGACCUGACUAAAGACAACAUGGCUCUUCAGAGAGUGAGAGAAGCAUCAGAAAAGGCGAAGUGUGAGCUUUCUUCAUCUGUGCAGACCGACAUUAACUUGCCAUAUCUUACUAUGGAUGCUUCUGGACCAAAGCACUUGAAUAUGAAAUUGAGUCGUUCACAGUUUGAGGGGAUUGUUGCAGAUCUGAUCAGGAGGACAGUAGCACCAUGCCAGAAGGCCAUGCAGGAUGCUGAAGUCAGCAAGAGUGACAUUGGUGAAGUCCUCUUGGUUGGUGGCAUGACCAGAAUGCCUAAGGUGCAGCAGACUGUGCAGGAUUUGUUUGGCCGUGCUCCUAGCAAAGCAGUUAAUCCUGAUGAAGCUGUUGCUAUUGGUGCUGCCAUUCAAGGCGGUGUGCUGGCUGGUGAUGUUACCGAUGUACUGCUCCUGGAUGUGACUCCCCUCUCCCUCGGAAUUGAGACACUGGGAGGUGUCUUCACUAAACUCAUCAACAGAAACACCACUAUUCCCACGAAAAAGAGCCAGGUGUUUUCUACAGCUGCUGAUGGGCAGACUCAAGUGGAGAUUAAAGUAUGCCAAGGGGAGAGAGAGAUGGCUAAUGACAACAAGCUUCUGGGCCAGUUCACUUUGGUUGGAAUUCCUCCAGCUCCACGUGGAGUGCCCCAGAUUGAGGUCACUUUUGACAUUGAUGCUAAUGGUAUUGUUCAUGUUUCAGCCAAGGAUAAAGGGACUGGACGUGAGCAGCAAAUUGUGAUCCAGUCUUCUGGUGGUCUCAGUAAAGAUGAAAUUGAAAACAUGGUGAAGAAUGCAGAGAAAUAUGCAGAGGAGGAUAGGCGAAGAAAGGAACGGGUUGAAGCUGUAAACAUGGCAGAAGGCAUAAUUCAUGAUUCAGAAUCCAAGAUGGAGGAAUUUAAGAAUCAACUGCCAGAAGAUGAGUGCAACAAGUUGAAAGAAGAAAUAGCUAAAAUGAGAGAGCUUCUGGCUCGUAAAGAUACUGAAACAGGAGAGAACAUAAAACAGGCAGCAUCUAGCCUGCAGCAGGCUUCUUUGAAGCUCUUUGAAAUGGCAUACAAAAAGAUGGCAUCUGAACGAGAGGCUUCGGGAAGUUCUGGGGACCAGAAAGAGGAGAAACAGUAAAAGCCACAGUCUUAUGGAGAAAAGAGGAAGGUGAUUUGUUCUGAAGCUUGGGAGCCAAGGAACUUUCCUGAGCAGAAGUGGGCAGAAUUCAGUCUUACUGUGUUUUGGCAGUAUUCUAUAUAUAUAUAAUUUCUUUUAAUGUAUACAUUUAGUGAUGCGUCUACUAGAUAAUCAUCACUUGAUGAAAGUUAAUUCAUGAGAGAGUUCUAAAUGUUCAGCCCUGUCGCAUUAAACUGAGCAGCCAGGGGACUCGCUGAUCAUUUAUUCCUAAUACUGGGUAUGACGGUGUACUGAAUUUUGUCCAACACUUAAAACCAUGUCACAAAUCUAGGGGUGGGGGCAGGCGUCUGAUGGAGCUUGAAACACUUGUGGAUCCUCUUUGAAGCAAGUGCUUGUGAGCUGCGUGCAAUAGAUCCUGGAUAUACCAGUGGCAGGCCCAGCUACAUUGCUAGAGAUCGUUCAGUUUUGCAGCUAGCCUAGUAUUCUUGUAUUGAAGAAGAUGGGUCACUUUAAUUUAGGUGUAAUUUUUUUUUCCCAGCAAAUAAGAUCACAUUUGAAGUUACAUGCACUGCUUGCAUAAGCUUUCUGCUCCAUCCAAUGUCUGUUCUUUGCUUAUGGUAAAACAACUUCCCUAAUGAUAAAAUUGUUGGUUUUUUUUUUUAAAUAAAGGAAGUAUCCAAUUCCUCUGGCA